AUGGUCUAUCAUCACCGCAGCCAGGACUUCAGCUUUGCCCCUCAAUGGCGCGUCUCACCGAAAGCGCACGAAUGCUUCGCCUCCACGCUGCAGGAACUCGGGGCUUAUCCCCCAGCUGAAACUCGACGCGAACGAACACGGACCAUCACCGUAGUGGACCUGGAGCUCCCUGAGAGCAAGCGCGACAGCGCCAGCUACCAGAGCGCAGCAACCAGCGUCUCUCAUCGCCACGGCGACUUCCACCACUGCGUCAACUCGUCGAAUCGACCGUCUUUCACGCUUUUCACGGACCCGCUGCAAGCCGACCGAGCGACGGAGAUUCGGCUCUUCAGCUUCGCCCGACCGCACAUGAGAGCGUUCCACUUCGCGUGGAUGUCCUUCUUCGUCGCCUUCUUCGGCUGGUUCUCCAUCCCGCCGCUCAUGCCGACCAUCAAGAAGCAGCUCAAGCUCACUCAAGCGCAGGUGGACAACUCCAACAUCAUUUCGCUCGCGAGUACAAUUCUCGGACGUCUUUUGAUCGGACCAUUGUGCGAUCGCUACGGCGCCCGUAUUGUGCAAACCGCGCUUUUGGUAAUCGGCGCGAUCCCUGUGGCCUCCGCCGCGCUAGUGACGAGUUAUACCGGCUUGAUGUUGGUGCGGUUCUUCAUCGGACUCGUCGGGUGUGCGUUUGUAUCGACUGCGUACUGGACGUCCUCGAUGUUCUCGAAAGAAGUCGUCGGUAGUGCGAAUGCCAUCACCGCUGGCUGGGGGAACCUGGGUGCCGGCGCGACGUACCUGAUCACGCCGCUGCUGUUUGACUUGGUGACUUUGCACGGCGGUGUUUCGGACAAUUACGACUGGCGAGUCACGCUGACCUUCCCUGCACUGCUGAUGGUGGCCGUUGGCGCGUGCACGUUCUUCUUGUCGGACGAUUGUCCCCAGGGCAACUACGUGGAGAUGAAGAAGACGCACGUGAUGGCGGAGAGACCCAAGGCCGAGAUGGUUCGGGGUUUCGUGACAGUAGCGAAGAUGCCGGUUGCCUGGAUCUUGGCCUUCCAGUACGCGUGUUGCUUCGGCGUGGAGAUCCAAGUUCACAAUGUCUUGAGCUUGUAUUACUUUGAGGACUUCAAGAAGGCGGGGUGUGAUUCAGCGACGGACGCGGAUAGCUGCCGCCUACUGUCCCAGACGCAGGCCAGCCUCAUCUCGUCCUGCUUCGGCCUCAUGUGCAUCUUCGCGCGCGCUAUCGGCGGCUACGUCUCGGACGUGUGCAAUCGCCACUGGGAUAUGAAAGGCCGGAUCUCCGCUCAGCUGGUCUGCCUCACGGGGCAGGCUAUCUUCCUCUACAUGUACAGCCACAUCCGCGUAGUGGAAUGGAGCGUCCCCUGUCUCGUCGCCUUCGGCGCUUUCGCGCAGGCUUCAACCGGCACGACGUAUGGAAUCGUGCCCUACAUUUGCCCCGACUUCACUGGUGUCGCGUCUGGGAUCGUUGGAGCUGGAGGAAACAUGGGCGGACUCAUGUGGGGAUUUCUGUUCAAGAUCGUCGGGGAGCGAGCGUUGUCGUUCCGGUAUUUGAGUUUCUUCGUCAUCGGGUCGGCCAUUUUGUCCGCCUUCAUUCGAGUGAAAGGGGAGCGCUCACUAUGGAGUCGAGAGCCCUCCCGCUACUCGCGGCGUCGAACCGACCAAACGGUUCAAGCCUUUUAUGUGUGA